AUGUCGAAAGAGUUCAUCAUCAAGCACAUGAACGCCGACCAUGGCGAUUCUCUCCAGCUGUACCUGCAAGCUUUCUGCGAGAUCAGUGCCCGCAAAGCCAAAGGAGCAUCCCUCGAGGAUCUGACCCUUUCCAACCUGAUCAUCAGCGCUCACGGCACCCGCUACAGCGUUCCCAUCCAGCCCCCGAUGAAAGACUACAAUGAGGCCCGGGGACGCCUAGUCACAUUGCACAAGGACAGCCUCAAGAAGAUGGGCCGCUCGGAUGUCACCCUCACCGAAUACCGCGCGCCACGAGGCUACCAGGCCGUCAUCUUUGCGCUGGUUCUGUUCACCUACGCCACCUGCUGGAGUCGCGGCAACCUCCUGCCGGGCGCAUUCGUCUACGAAAAUAUGGGAUUCAAGUUCGUCCCGGACUUCGCCCACUUCAUCUACAACAUCUGGCCGGUCUUUUUCCCCUCCGUGGUCGGCAUUCAUGUCUUGGAGACGGUUGCACUGGCGGUGCUGCGCCUGCGGCCUCUCGGUGUGCCCUUCGGAUCGAAGUUGUGGUUCACCUGGGUGGGUUCGUGCUUUAUUGAGGGCUUCGGAGCGUUCGUGCGGAUCGGGGCUAUCGUUCGCGAGGAGCGGGCGAGGAAGGGUACGAAAAUGGAGUGA